CUCAUCAGCAGAUUCGAUCGAGCAGCCAUGGGGGAUUACGCUGCCCUGGUCGCACUCGCCGUCGCCGUCGCCUGCGCGGUAAUGGCGUCCGCCGCGACGCCGGCGCGCGCGCAGCAGUGCGGGCAGCACGCGGGGGGCAUGCUGUGGCUGGGGCCGCUGCGGCCUGGGCGCCGACUACUGCGGCGCUGGGUGCCAGAGCGGGGCCUGCUGCCCGAGGCCGCGUGCCCCGGCAACCUCUGCUGCGACGCGCGCGGCGUCUGCGGCCUCGGCGUCGAGUACUGCGGCGCCGGGGGAGAGACGCCGCCGGCAACGUCACGUGCGGUCAAGGUUUUAAAUAGCGGACUAUGGUAAAUAACGGUGUAUUCUUUUUCGAGGCUAAAAAGCUAUAGCGGACUAUGACAAAUAGUAGUUUACUACUAAACUAUGAAAAAUAUAAAUAAUAGAUGCACAAAAACAUAGUAAUUAGCGAAUUUCAUAAAUAUAAAUAUAUUUCUAGGGCUACGAAAACAUUACUUAAGUUGACAGUACAACAAAAUUCAUACAAUCAAAUAUUCAAUUGUCCAAAAGACCAAAAUAAUAGCACAACUAAGUAUAAGGCUAUAGCGAUGCUAAAGCUACGCCAUUUAGCGCAGCUAUAGCGCAAUUUAGCCUCCAUAACUACUAUAACAGUAUAAAUACAAAUAGCGUAGCAGAGACUCUCUGGAAAAAGACUACUAUUUAAAACCAUGCGUGCGGCGCCACCGCCGGCUGGCGGGCCUGCCCCGGCAACCUCUGCUGCGGCCACUUCGGGCGCUGCGGCCUCGGCGUCGAGUUCUGCGGCGACGGCUGCCACAGCAGCGCGUGCUGCGAGCAGCGCUGCGGGUGGCAGGCGGGCGGCGACGCCUGCACCAACGGCUACUGCUGCGGCCGGAACGGGUACUGCGGCCUCGGCGGCGACUACUGCGGCGCCGGAUGCCAGAGCGGCCAGUGCCUCCACGCCGGCGGUGGAGCGGCGGCCCGUGCCGUGGGAGAGCUCCUCAACCGGACGGCUUCUGCUGCUGGAACCAAGGCGUCAUUGCCGCAGUAGUCCAUCCGCCUUGUGCCAUGGGCCAUGGCGUGUGUGCGUUCAAAUAAAUUCAUCCAACAAUGCAUAUGCAUGGAUAUUGUUGGGAGGGGAGCACACGUAUGUCCAUCUUGCUGAUGAAAUAAAUUCAUCCAACUUGCUGA